AUGCAUAAUCUUCCUUUGCCAAAUGGGGGUGAAGAUAAGAGAGUUUGGAUGCCAAACUUUUCAGGUGAUUUUUCGGUAAGUUCUGCCAAGGAACUUAUUCGUCAGAAACAUGGUAGAUUCAAUGCAGCGUCUAUGCUGUGGAGGAAGGAAAUUCACCCUAAACUUGCGGCUCAAAACUGGAAAUUCAUUCGUGGUGCUUCUCGUGCGUGGUCUUGGAUUUCUGAUAUCUUUGGUAUGUCAGCAAAUUUCAACAUUGUGGCUUCUUUCAAGGAAGCGAAGGGAAUAAGUGCAAUUGUCCGUGACUUGUGGCUGGUGGCGAAAUUAGUAAUCAGGUCAGAACUUUGGGCUAUGCGCAAUAAAUGCAUCUUUGAGAAACAGAAACCGAGCUGGAGUCUUUUUUCUAAAAGAGUGCUGAAGCUAAUACAAGAAUAUUCAGUCCGCCUAAAAGGGUUUAUGCGCAACAGUGUGGAAGAUAUGGUGCUGUUGGAUUACUUCCGUGUGGUUCAUAGAAGUGUUAGACACCAGCAGCCUAUUGAAGUGUUAUGGAAGCCUCCGGAUCUUAAUGAGAUUCUAAUUUGUUGUGAUGGAGCAGCGCGUGGGAAUCCAGGUAUUGUGGGUGCAGGAGUGGUGGCAAGAGACUCUAGCUGUGCAGUUCUUGGUGCUUUGAGUAUUGGUCUUGGAGUUACUACAAACUAUUUGGCGGAACUAUAA